GGACAUUGAUGCAGUGGUUUGGUGCCAACCGAAACGCGAUGGUUCGAUCAGUACCAGUACUAGUGGAUUAGAUUCCAUUCAUAGUGCGAUGGUGACGGCAUAACGACGAAGAAAUGUGCUGCUCGCGGCCGAUUACAGCCACAGUGACUUAAUUGCUUCCGAUAAGGUGUUAUCGUCUUCCUAGAAGUGUUUAUUUUAGUGCAGCUACCGAUAUUCGAAAUGGAUCUGAACUUCAAAUGUCCACUGUGUGAAACAUACUUCGACUCGAAAGAUGACCUCACGGAGCACAUCAAGGCCGCCCAUACUUCGUACUACUACGAUACGUAUUUGGUUCCACCGGUUCUUUUACUACCCAGUGAAUCACCGUUGAUUGUGACGGAAACGCCUGGUACAGUGAUCACAACCGAACCGAUUUCGACCCCCGAGGUGUUAGUAGAACCAGCGGUCGUGACAGACGACGGAUGCUGCGACUGCGGGUGUUGUGGUGAUGGCGCCGGUGGUGCGGACUCGGGUGGUGACUGUGGGGACUGCGAUUGCGAUUGUGAUUGUGUGAUUAUGUGAACCUCGUCGGCCUACACCGCGCCGGUUAGGACGCCAGCCAAUGCUCAGAGCAAGCAACCCAUGUGCUUCGAUAUAUUUUCUUACACUGUUUAUUUUAUACACAUGAACGUUUAGCUAAAAUGAAAAAUUGAUACUAUCAGAAAGUGCUUGUCAUACACGAAAACCUAUGUUGUAAGUGUUACAUGUAUGCUGAUUAAGA